ACAUCCUCUUCUCCUGGUUCCUCGCCGCCAGGUCUGCAACACUUCUCCCAUCCUCAAGACCAUCGGCGAACAUGCGCAACUGCCACGGAGACUUGCCGAACAUCGUCAUGAUGCACGUAGAGAUGCCGAGCUUUACCCCUCUCAUACCCUCGUGACCGGAGAAAUUGCUGUCUCCCUGCACCAAUCAAAAACUGCGGACGGCGGCGAAUUGUACAAAAAACGUUGAUUAACCCCAGUUUCCCCACAUGAACUCGGGUGUCGUGGGGGCGAAAGCCAGCAUGCAGGAACGACUCCUCAUUUCGGGAUGGCUGACGCGGAUGGCUUCAGUAGCUUCAGUCCAGUCGUAUUUUGUUUAUCGUGUCCCAUUUGCAGGAACAGAGAAUAGACGAACGAAAUGCAUUUCAUGACGCCAACGUUAUGGGCAGGUUUGAGCUUGCUUACGGCUUCUGUAUUGGGUGCAGCGACCUUUGAGAACCCCGUCAUUUGGCAGGACUAUCCAGAUCUAGAUGUCUUCCGCAUUGGUGAUGUGUUUUACUACUCCUCUUCCACCUUCGCCUUCUCGCCCGGCGCGCCAGUGUUGAAGUCAUACGAUCUGGUCAACUGGGCACCAGUGUCCCACAGCGUGCCACGUCUGAACUUUGGACCCAAAUACGAUCUGAACAAUGCCACGAGCAGAGCGUAUGUGCAAGGCAUCUGGGCCAGUACACUUCAAUAUCAAGAGUCCACCGACACCUUUUACUGGAUGGGCUGUAUCGCAGAUGGUCCGACAUACGUAUGGACGGCAAGUGGCACGAAUGCAGCGGCGAACAAUGGCGAGGUCGAGCACUGGAAUUGGACCUCUCAAGGCAGCCUACCUCGAUGCUACUACGACAAUGGAUUGCUGAUUGACGACGAUGAUACGAUGUACAUGGCGUACGGCAAGACGACCAUCAACGUCGCGCAACUCAAUGCCAACGGAACAGCGGAGGUCAAAACCGAGGCAGUGUACACAAGUCCAGACGAAGUGUAUAUCGAGGGAUCGCGGAUGUACAAGAUCAAUGGGACGUACUACAUCUGGGUGACCAAGCCUGCAGAUGACGAGUACGUUCUCAAAUCUGACAACAUUUGGGGCCCGUACGAACGCCAGGUCCUGGUCGACAGCAUCGAGGGUCCGCUUUCAAAUGCUGGUAACGCCCAUCAGGGCGGUAUCGUCAGCAUCAAAGACGGCCAGUGGUACUACGUGGCAUUCUUGGAUGCUUAUCCGGGAGGGCGCAUUCCUGUUGUGGCUCCUCUAACUUGGACAGAAGAUGGAUGGCCGCAGGUCGUUCGUGUGAAUAAUGAAUGGGGCAAGACCUACCCAAUUCCUGUGCACAUGAACAAGACCGUACCAGUAACGACCGGCGUGGAUUCUUUUCAAGGGCCUUUGUUGAGCCAUGAGUGGGAGUGGAACCACAACCCCGAUGACAGCGCCUGGUCGCUUGACGGCGGUCUGCACCUGCGGACAGCCACCGUUACUGAAGAUCUCUUUACUGCGCGCAACACGUUAACGCGACGUAUACCAGGACCAAAGUCUGCCGGUACAUUCAAAAUCGAUGUGAGUGGACUGAAAGAUGGAGACCGUACAGGUGCAGUUUUGUUUCGGGAUAUUGCCGCCUACAUCGGCGUCUACAAGUCUGGCAAUACGUCUUCGCUUGUCAUGGUGGAUGAGCUGAACCUAGGGACCAACUGGGUAACGAACUCGACUGGCACCGUCGCGGCAACUGGCCCAACCCUUGCUGCUAAUACCACUAACGUCUGGUUGCGCAUCGAAGCCGACAUUACGCCAGCUUUUUCCGGUACAACAGCUGUAAGGGUAACCACAUUUUGGUACAGCACCGAUGGGCAUUCAUUUACACAACUGGGCGAACCAUUUUCAAUGACCAACACUUGGCAGUUCUUUACCGGCUAUCGUUUUGGUGUAUUCAAUUUUGCAACUCAGGCUCUGGGUGGGAAAGUGACAGUCAAGAGCUUUGAUCUAGAGAUGCUGUAAGCGA